AUGUCGUCUACUGUUGUUGCCUCUGGCAUUCCUUUGGAAGUUUCCGAUUCGCAAAUUGAGGAGUUUUUCUCCUUUUGCGGUAAAACCAAAUCGAUUGAGCCUGUUGAGAAGGGCGAUAAAACCAAGGCUGUGAAGGUUGAGUUUGUGAAUGCGAGUGCUGUUUCUACGGCCCUGUUGUUGAACGGUGCCGAAUUGGGUGGUGGCAACAUCAAGGUUGUUGAGGAAGGGCUCAGUAAACAGCCUGUUGUUCCUGCCAGCGGCUACGUGGGCACCCAGAGCGCAGACUCCAGUUCUGCGGGCUCUGCAACUACAGACAUUGCGCAGGAGGACAAGCCGAAAUCGACGAUUUUGGCCGAGUACCUGGCAAACGGAUACGUUUUAUCAGACGGAUUGGUGCAAAAAGCGGUGGAGUUUGACCAGAAGAACGGCAUUUCGAGCAAUUUCAAGCAGUUCCUGGGCAAUUUGGACUCCAAGUACCAUAUUCAGGACAAGAACCAGCAAUUGUACCAGCAGGCGAACUCGCAGCUGGGCCUGGACGACAAGUUUGCGCGCGGAAGAACCAAACUGGACACCUACUUUGACAAGUUCAAGAACGAUAAGUACGGGUCCAGGAUCCACCGGUUCUACACGGACGUGACGAGCGACGCAAAACAGGUGCACGAGGAGGCCAAGCGGCUAGCCGAGUUCAAGAAGGCGGGCCACGAGUCGAAUAUUACGCCGGAGUCGUCCACGGUGAAGCUUGCUAGCAACGUGCCGUUGGAAGAGCCCAAGAAAUAA